CCCGCACCCCACAGUGGGCAGCAACACUAGGCAAGAUGGGCCUCGGCAAGACCCUGCGCGACAUCAAGCGGCGCGUCGCGAUGGAGCUGUUCGAAGCCGACGUGGACGAAAAUGUUGCUCCGUCCUUUGUUAUCUCCAAGGUCCACGAGCCCAACGCACCCAAGUCCAUCCGCGUCCUUUCGAUGAACGUGUGGGGCAUUCCAGUCUCGCCACAUGUGCUCGAACGUGCGGCUGCAAUCGGCCGUAUGUUGGAAGCGAGAUCGACCGAGUUUGACAUCGUGACGCUUCAGGAAGUCUGGCAUCGCCGCGAGAAGAAUAUCAUUUUAUGCGCGGCUACUCGAGCCGGGUUUGGGUAUUCGCACUACUUCCAUCCGGCGGUGGGGUUCCCACUCCCGAUAGGACACGACUCGUUUGGCACGGGUCUGCUCAUUCUAUCCAAGUACCGUCUGUCUGCUGCAAUGUACCAUCCCUUCCUCCUCACUGGACGGCCGUACGCGUUGCAUGAAGCCGACUUUAUCGCGAACAAAGGCGUCGGCCUUCUUCGCGUUCACGAUGGCAAAGGCGGGGAAAUCGCCGAUUUGUACGUGACGCAUCUCCUAGCCAACUACAACCAUUUGGGAAAACCUGGACCAGGGGAUACGUACAUGCCACACCGCGCAGCGCAAUCGUACGAGCUGAGCUGCUUCAUCUCCGAGACGAGCCGGAAUGACCUGGUCAUUGUGUGCGGCGACUUCAACUCGCCGUCCGACUGCCUCGUCCUUGACAUCGUUCGAGAGCUUGUAAGCAUGCGCGAUGCGUUCCAUGAGAACGAUCCAACCGAGGCGGGCCUCACCUUUGGCACGGAAGACAACAAGUUCAGCCACGGCGAUCACCCAAUGCGCAUGGACUACAUUCUAUUCCGCACCGCGGCUGGUUCCUCAUGGCAGCUCACAGACAGCGGCGUGUUCAAAGGCUACUUUACCACGUCGUGCGGUGAAGAAUGCCCGUUGUCCGACCAUUUUGGCGUCCACGCCGCGUUUGCUUUGGAUCCGUCGACGGCACCCCCGACAGCCCGCUCCACGUCGAGCAAUCCCAUCAAGUGCUUGCGUCAAGUGCAAGACAUUUUGACGCUCGGGCGCAACGAAAUAGUCGCGCUUCGCAUCACACACCUCAAGCGCGCAGCCGUCGGGUUCAUCUUCGUGGCGCUCGCCACGGCCGUGAAUGUAUCGCAGUGGGGCGAGGUCUGGAGCGUGUGGAGUCGCGUGCUGUGGUACUCGGGCCUCACGUUGUGCUUCCUCUACGCACUUGUCGAGUACGUCGUGGCGUUCUUUGUCCUGACGCUGGAAGUGUCGUGCUUUACGGAGCUGCAAAACCAAGCGAGGCUGCACGCACACAACUUGGAGUUGUCGUCGGACGAGUUUUAAUUUGCAUGUAUAGACGAUUCGUUUCUCCAUGCAUGCACUUGACAUUGAAGAAGAUGCUAUCAAGUGGCGAAAAAACAUGUGCGCACUUGCCCGAAGCAGACGCCACCACCUUGCCCUGAGUUUGGGGCCAUGUAGCGGCCAAGAUCGCUGCUCAAUGCUAUGUACGAACACGUUCCAGUUGAGCUGUGGGUUUGCUUGCACUUGGCAGUGGUGCAACCGCGCCAUGCUUUGGUUUUUUUCGCGGCCACGUUUCGGUCGUGACAGAUUUGCUGGCCAGCCUUGCCGCCAUCGUACCGACCGAACCGUGUCCGUAACACGAUGAUUGAAUCCAAUUCGGU